UGGGGCAAUUAGCUACGUCAUUGUUCACCGCCGGACACCCGCUGGAAUAAGGAAUGGAUUUACAACCGCUAUUAACGCAUUCAUAACAGAUUCCAGCAAUGAACAAUGACCAUAGUUGACAGAUCUUCAGAAAAGUCUGACCACGAGUCAGUCGGGUGUAAGCGAUCUCCCUUCACCAGUGGAGACGUGGGGAUGGACGGCAGCUGUUCCAGCAGCUGGGCAGUGGGUCCCACCAUGCCCGGUGACUCUCCGAGGCUGAAGGCUCCAGGAGGCUGCCUGGGCCCGACGCCUGGAGCUGUAGUCUACAACAGUACACCAUCCUCUGUGGACCGGCCCAAGGAGCAAGUUAUAAGCAGUGAUGACGGCAUUGACUUGCCCCAGAAGGUCCUCUUCCCUCCAGAGCGGCUUAACCUAAAGUGGACCCAGUUUCACCGCAUCGGUGCAGGCCUGCAGAACAUGGGGAACACCUGCUUCCUCAACUCAGCCCUGCAGUGUCUCACCUACACCCCUCCGUUUGCCAACUACAUGCUGACACGGGAACACUCCAAAACAUGUCACGAGCCGGGGUUCUGUAUGAUGUGCACCAUGCAAAACCACAUCAUUCAGGUUUUUGCCAACUCUGGGAAUGUCAUUAAGCCCAUUGGUGUGCUCAAUGAGCUCAAAAGGAUUGCAAAGCACUUCCGCUAUGGAAGCCAAGAGGAUGCCCAUGAGUUCCUGCGGUACACAGUGGAUGCUAUGCAAAAGUCCUGCUUACCUGGAACCAAAUUGGACAGGCAAACGCAGGCAACCACUUUCAUCCAUCAAGUAUUCGGCGGGUAUCUAAGGUCCAGAGUCAAAUGUUUAAACUGCAAAGCAGUGUCUGAUACAUUUGACCCUUUUCUGGAUAUUACUCUGGAAAUUAAGACGGCUCCCAGUGUCUCCAAGGCUCUGGAGCAGUUUGUGAAGCCAGAACAGCUGGAUGGAGAAAACGCCUACAAAUGCACCAAGUGCAAAAAAAUGGUCACAGCCUCAAAGAGAUUUACCAUCCACCGCAGCGCCAAUGUGCUCACCCUCUCACUCAAACGGUUUGCAAACUUCAGUGGAGGCAAAAUCACAAAGGAUGUGAAAUAUCCAGAGUACCUGGACAUGCGGCCCUUCAUGUCUCAGUCCCAAGGGGAGCCCCAGGUCUACGGGCUGUUUGCUGUGCUGGUCCACUCUGGAUUCAGCUGUCAUGCUGGACACUACUUCUGCUAUAUUAAGGCGAGCAAUGGGCAGUGGUACCAGAUGAACGACUCGUCUGUGUCUGUCAGUGACAUCAGGUCUGUUCUCAACCAGCAGGCCUAUGUCCUUUUCUACAUCAAGUCCAGUGAUGUGAAGAAAACAGGGGACUACAGCCACAUGAGCCAUAAUCCAGGCAUCCCUGGCCAGUCGUCUCCGCGACCGGUGGUGAUACCACGCAUCAACCCCACCGUCCACCACAACAACAUUGGCUUCAUAGGUCCCCAGCUGCCACCACACAUGACCAAGAGCACUCUCCAUGUUAAUGGGAACGGGUCUCUGAGGGACUAUCCCACCAACUCUAAGCCCAGCACCAGCAGCAGUGUUAUGGGAAAAUCUAGCCAUGGACUGGCAUCCUCCUCUUCUUCAAUCUCCCACUCAAUCAGCAGACCCACAAUGAUCCCAGACCAUGACAAACGCCAGAAGCUUUCAUUCUUCAUUGGACAAGGCAAACAGAACCGCCCAUCCUCCUCCACGUCCUCUUACAGCCAGCCGUCCUCUGCCAGCAGCAGCAGCAGCAGCGCCUCUUCCAGCUCUUUAUCCUCCUCACAGUCUACCUCAGACGUCCACUCAGACAUUCGCUUUGUUCCACGUCAGCUUAACCACGUUAACGGCACGCCUUGCAGCAACGGCGAUCGCCACACUGGAGGGAAUGGAGCAUCAUUCCUGGUGCCGUACAGCCAGGAGUCAUCAGAGGAAUCGGACCAGGAGAACUGUGGCACUCUGGAUAACGGCUGUUUAACAAAGUCUCACCUCAAUGGAAACAACAGAACAGGAGAGGUCUUUGACAAAUGUCCUCAGGCCACCAAUGGAGAGUCAGGAGUGCACCAUAAUGGCAACGGAUUAAACGGACCAACGAAUGGUGUCUCUAAAUCCAGUCAGAACGGACACCAUUAUGGACACCACAAAGUGAAUGGACACAACGCCCCUAACAAAAUCAAUGGCAGUAAUCAUGGCAGUUCAUCCUCCGUGGCUACUGUUGCUGCUAAUGGAGUAGACCGCGACCACAGUCAAACAAGCAAAGAGGCACAUAAUUCUGCCUCAUCCCAGGCCAGUUGUUCUCAGAGCAUCCAUCCUGCUGCCAGUGAAAGCCAGCAGCUCUCCACUCCUGACACAAGGGCUAAAACUGUGUCUGAACCGCUGCCUCAGCAUACAGCAUCCUCCGCUGUUAGCUCUCCACCCUCCGCUACUGCUACAAAGACCCAUUCUGUCACGUGUAGAGAGUCUGCUUCCUCCUCUGCCCAUCAUGGCAACAUCAAUGCGGCCUUAUCUACCCCGCCAGACUGCUCCCAAAGCACCAACGGGGCCUCUGCAGCUCCACAAAAGGAUAGCAGAGGUGGGGAUGAAGCAACGGAUCUACCACAGACCAGUGGUCCGUCUGCAGGGACUGAACGGCGUACAGAUACUAAGGAGCAACACCUGUCCAAGCCCAGUUCUAGAGGCAGUGAAAAACAAUCUUCCCGGGACAGGGAGAGAGACAGACUGUGCUCUGACUGGAGCAGAGACAGGGAGAAACACUAUAGGGACAGGAGUCAGGAGCGAGAAAGUGACGGUGAUCGCCAUCGCUACAGACGGGACUACAGAGAUCACCGCCACCACCGCUCGUAUAGGGAUCGCUUGUCUCCUCACAGUCGUUCCUACAGGGACUGGGAGCCCGAGCGUCGCUGGGAGCGGGCUCUCCCCCACCCGAGGGAGCGAGAUCGUGACAGGUGCUCUAACCAUUACCACCACCCUCAUACACCACCACGCACUCUAGACGACGGAAUCGCGGCAGCAGUACGACGAAUUCCACUCCGCCGCCAUCCACACGACCAAGAGCAACCGGCACGGCGCAGACGCAUCAUCCUACCCGCGCACAUCGAGGCAGACCCCUCUCCGCCCUCGCACCAGUUCGCAGGCACCAACCUCCGCAACAGCUCCAAGCGGCCUCCUCCCCGGCUCCCGUCUCCUCCACCCGUCCUUGAACCUCGGCUCCACCACACAAGAAGCUCUGAUGUGGAGUCAGACCGAGCCGCUGAAACAAAGAAGAAGAAGAAGAAAAAGAGGAGGCAGCGGGACAGUGACGCCGAGCAGCACAGCCCGGGGGCAGCUCGGAGCCACAAGAGCAGAAGCAGCGAGGAGAGAGAAAGCCGCAAGAGACGAUACUAUGAAAUCAAGGACACUAAACACGACAAUGGUUUGUCGCCAGAGAAAUGGCGGCGAACAGACUGCGCUGAUGGCAGAAAUGACCAUUUACUGCCCUCCAACCACACCUCACCCACAAACGGUUCAGUGCACCGCCAUCUCAACGGAUACACAGGAAACGGUUACAGCCAAACCAAUGGCGACUCCCACGGACUCUCCAGUGGCUUCAAACACUGACUCUACACAUCAACACCAUUUUAACAACAGCAGAGGAAUGACAUCAACAACGUUUUGACGUGGUGCUUCUUCAUUGGGAAUAUAUUGUAUUUUUACCACAGCUAAAGUGUUUUAAAUGUUUGAAAAUCUUCUUUUUUUUAAAAAAGGCAUUGAUUUAUUUGCCGUAAUUCUCCUAACUAUGGUUAAAAAACAACAUUCACCUGUCCAACAUUUAUGAUGAUAAAUAUUAAUAUAUACUUGUAUGAACACAAACAAAGCCUGGAGCUUAAACAUCUCAACUGCUGCUCAGAGGAACUCAGGACUUGAAAACUUGUUAACAUCCAUCAUGGAUAUCCACCUGCUUCAAAUCAGAAAGAAACAAAAGGGAAAUGUGUUGCCUAAUGACGAUGGCAUCAUGUUGGCUGCAAGUUUAAGAUGUCACCAUAUCUACAGAGCCGCCAUGUUGGAUCUCGCUGGGAGCGGACAAACUAACUGAGGGAGAUAUUCAUGAAUGAGACGGACGAGCGCAGUGGUGGGAACAAGGCUUCCCUGACUGAUACCUCCAUGUUAACCCUGGACAGACUUGAGGACAUUUCCCAGCUUUUUUUUUUUUUUUGGUUUUUGUUUGUUUCCAUUUUUGCUCUGAAGCCUAAGAUUCACUCUCUGUAAUUUUUAAACUUUUU